AUGAAUGCACUGAUAUGGAAUAUUAGGUCAGUGAACACUCAAAAAGCGUUCACUAGACUAAUAAAUAUGCAGAAAAGACAUCACUUUUACUUUAUUGGGCUCAUGGAACCAUUUCAAGAUAAGCAACAGUUAGAGAGGUAUAGAAGAAAGCUGGGUUUGAAGUAUGCUAUCGUAAAUACCAAUGGAAAAAUUUGGUUCUUUGUGGAUGAAUGUAUAGAUGUGGAAGUGAUAAAUGAUAAUGAUCAACAGAUUACCUGCAGGCUAAUGAACCAGGAAAGUAAUACUGAAAUGCUAGUUACUUUGGUUUAUGCUAAAUGUACGCAAACUGAGAGACUUCAAUUAUGGGAUUCUCUAUUUCAGGUAUCUCUUAAUCUUCAAAUUCCUUGGCUAGUAGGAGGGGAUUUUAAUGUCAUUGUUAAUGAGCAGGAAAAAAUGGAAGGUCUUCCCGUUACAGAAGAGGAGACAACAGAUUUUAACCACUGUAUCAAUACAUGUGUAUUGGAAGAUAAGGGGUUUAAAGGAAGCAAAUUUACCUGGUGGAAUGGUAGAACGGAUGAUGAUUGCAUCUUCAAAAGACUUGAUAGGGUAUUAUGUAAUGAGAAGAUCCAAGAAUUGUUCCCGAAAAUAGAAGUGGAGCAUUUGAUUAGAAGUGGUUCUGAUCAUGCACCAAUGUUGAUUUCAUGUAGCACUGAGGUUGAGCAAAUAACUAAAAGUUUUAGAUUCCUAAACUUUUGGUUAAAGGAAGUUCGUUCAUGA